CCUGCACAUGAACCUAAAACUAAAUGAAAGUCCAAGCUACUGCAUAGUAGUAUAGUUGACAUGUAAUCCGCCCACCACAUUAGAGGGUGGAGUUGAGGAGAUAAGCUUCACCUAAAUCUUGUUCUAUUUGCUGGUUUUUUAGCAGGUACUGUUCAAGUGGUUUUAGUCAACCACUCUGCUGCUACUUUCUCUAAAACUCUCAAAGAUAUUAUGUUUUCCUUCCUUUUCUGAUAUCGACAUAAUCUCGAGCACGAAAACUAUUUAAAAAUAGCCAUUAUCAAACCCUUUGGCUUCAAAUUCACAUGUUUUUAGUCAUCUAAAAGUGACUAACCACCAAUAUCCCACAAGUGUGAUGCAAAUUCUCAAAGGGUAUUCGGGAAUUUUUGACUGAAACUUGCCCACUUCUUACAAACUUGAAGUGCCUAAUUAUAAUUACCUCGCCUUCUAGCUUCUCACUGCUGGUGAGAAGUAGAGGUAUCAAGCAAUGGACAACAGCUUCCCCAUUAAUCAGAGAUGGAAGCUUUGCACAUAUACAAGCUUCACGAGCAUUAUCAUCCUAGUGCUCUUGCUUGGUCAAGACCAGAAGGCCCUGGACUUUUUGACUUUUGGAAGCUCAACCUCAUCGGUGACAUCUUCGUUGAGUCUCGUGGACUACUAUGUUGCAGCUAACACUCAGUUGCAGCCCAAAAACACUUCACUUCUCAAUGAGCACGAUACGCAUGAGAAGAAAAGCUGCAACAUCUUUGAUGGCAAAUGGGUCUAUGAUCCUGAGGUAGGUCCUCUCUAUGAUCAAACUAAGUGUCCAUUUCUUAGCGACCAAGUUAGCUGCCGAAGGAAUGGCCGACAAGAUUUUGGCUACGAGAAGUUGAGCUGGGAAGCCACUGGGUGCAACAUUCCCAGGUUUAAUAGCACAGAUAUGUUGGAGAAACUCAGAGGCAAGAGAAUGAUCGUAGUUGGGGACUCACUUAACAGAAACCAAUGGGAAUCUCUUGCUUGUCUCCUCUACUCUGCUUUACCUCCCUCUCAGGUUUAUGUUGACGUACAAAGUGGCAGCUACAAGGUCUUCCGAUCAAAGGAAUACAAUUGUUCCGUGGAGUUUUUCUGGAGUCCGUUUCUGGUGGAACUAGAAGUCGACCGGGCUAAUGGUGCCAGAAUAUUGGAGCUCGACAAACUCUCAGCAAUGUCAAAGAAGUGGUAUGGUGCAGACAUCAUGGUUUUCAACACUGGCCAUUGGUGGGUGCAUCAGGGGAAGUUACAAGCAUGGGAUUACUUUCAUCAUGAUGGUAAGAUGGUAGAAACAAUGGAAAUGGACCUGGCACUCGAGGCAGCCAUGAAAACCUGGUCAAGUUGGAUUGAUCAGAACGUAGAUACGAACAAAACAGUAGUUUUCUUUAGAAGUAUUUCGCCAGAACACAAGGGAACGCAAUGGUGCUACAACGAAACCCAACCAAUCUCAGAUGAGUCCUACCAAGAGAUAUUCCCCGAGUCAUUAACUGAUGUAUUCAAGAGAGCAAUCAAGAGAAUGAAAACCCCAGUGAAGUAUUUGAAUAUAACAAAGCUAUCGCAGUAUCGAAGAGAUGCGCAUCCAUCAGUUUAUGCAAGAAGGCAAGGGAAACUAUCAGUAGCAAUGAAACAGAGAAAAGAAGAGAUCAUUACCGAUUGCAGCCACUGGUGUUUGCCUGGUUUGCCUGAUACUUGGAACAGGCUCUUGUAUGCUAACAUUGUAUCAGACUCCUCCUAAUACUUCUUGUCUGAUACCGUUCAUUCAUCACUGUAUCUCUUCACCAUUCCAUCAAUACUUGUCUGUUUGUACUU